CCCGAAUCUUCACAAUUCCCACAAGAUAUAAGUGCAACCCCGGAGAGAGAUAGAGAGAGAGAGGGAGAGAGAUUUAGUAACAAAGAAAAAAACAUGGGGAACUGUGUUUGCAUGAGACAGCAAGCGACGAAGACGUGGUCGGGAGACGAGUGGGGAUCAUUUUCGUCAAAGCACAAGUUCAGAAGAUCAUCCACGGCGUUCGACGACGACGACGACGGAGAGGGACUGCUCGACGGAGCGGGAUGCGUGACGUCAUCUUUUUCCGGCGGCUCGUCGUCGUCGUCUUCGCAUGAGAUAAAGAUAAGGAUGACGAAGAAAGACUUGGAGGAGCUGAUGAAACGCAUUAGCGUGAAGGGUUUGACUGCGGAGGAAAUUCUCGCCAAGCUGCUAACGGACGGCGGAGAUCAGUUCUCGUCGGAGAAUCAACGGUCAUGGCGGCCUGCGCUGCAGAGUAUUCCCGAGGACGAUGAUUAGUUUUAUUAUUUUUUUGGUUUUUCUUUCGUGGGAACUAAGCUGACCGAUGUGUGUCUUAAGUUGACCCAUCUGCUUACGCAAGCUUGUUUUUUUGUUUGUCUUUUUUUUUUUUUUUUUAUAGGAACAUGUAAUUAAAUUUGGAUGCUGUUGUAAGUUUUUUUAGAAGUUCAUGUUGGUAAGGAGUGGAAUUAUUAUAAAUUAUAAUAUACAAUAUACCACCGGUUUAGAUU